CCAAGAGAGGGCUAUGAGCCACAGCAGUCAGAGGGAAGUCCGAUGUUAGGUGUUCCUGGCUCGUCUCUAUGAGUCUGGUGGACUGGCGCACAACUCCCAUUGCCUAUGGCUCCUGCUGGGCCAUGAGUUCCUUGGCCUUCACCAAACCACAUCACUGGAACUGCAGGAGAGAAGCCUGAAUGGGCAUGUCCUGUCAGGUAAUUGGGUUCCAGUUUGAUUGCCUCUGAAGUCUGAAAUGCAACUCUCCCUUAGAGUGAGCCAAGGACUCUGACCCCACUGUGCUGUGGACCAAAGAGGAGCCAUGAAGUUCUGGGAAAGGUCCAUCUUUCUCCUUCUGCUGCAGUCACUACCAGGGGGACAUGGGGAUGUGUUGCCUGCAGGUCCUUCUGCAGUGUGCGGCCAUUCCGGAAAUGCUGGGAGGAUCGUGGGUGGCCAAGAUGCUCAGAAAGGGAAGUGGCCGUGGCAGGUCAGCCUGUGGAUGGCUGGAGAGGGCCACAUCUGUGGGGGCUCCCUCAUCCACCCAGGGUGGGUGCUCACAGCUGCCCACUGCUUCCGCAGGUCUCAGAAUCCUAACUUCUACCAAGUGAAGGUUGGAGGGCUGACAGUCUCCCUUUGGGAAGGAGAUGUAACCUUAGAGUAUGUGAGGAACAUCUUUGUGUACCCCAGCUUCCUCUGGACAGACCCAAUGUCUAGUGGAGACAUUGCCUUGGUGCAGCUGGACACCCUUCUGAAACCCUCUCAGUUCACUCCCAUCUGCCUCCCAGAAGCUCAGGCUCCUCUCAACCCUGGGACUGGCUGCUGGGUAACGGGCUGGGGGUCCACCCAGGAAAGAGACCUAUCGAGUGUCCUCCAGGAGUUAGCUGUGCCCCUCUUGGGCUCGGAAGAGUGUGAGAAGAUGUACCACAUCCGGAAUAUCAGUCUGCCAGGGAAGCGAUUCAUCCAGUCAGACAUGCUCUGUGCCGGCUUUGCAGAGGGCCAGAAAGACUCCUGCCAGGCUCUCCUUCUCCCUCAGGGUGACUCUGGGGGACCACUGGUCUGUGUCAUCAACAGUUCCUGGGUCCAGGUCGGGGUCACCAGCUGGGGAUUUGGCUGUGCUCGGUUAUACAGGCCUGGUGUCUACGCCCGGGUGCCAGCUUAUGUAGACUGGAUUCAGAGAACCUUGGCAGAGAACCCCACUGACACCUGCAGGUGCCACUCCAGAGCCUCCGGGGCACACCCACUACUACUUGUAGUGUUGCUGGCCUUAGCCUUGUCAGGGGCCCUGUGAACGACGAGCUCCAUGGUCCUGGAUCCUCUCCUGGUGGGACGGGAGACUUGGAAACUUAGAGAAGACACUGAGAAAUGGCGGGCUUGCAGGUGACACCUGGGCGGUGUUGGAGGCUGAAGCGACUUGAAGAGUUUUAAGGACACGGUAAUCUGGAACACAGGGACACGUCCUAUCAAACACAGGCAACCACUCGCAUGUACUUACCACAGGUCUGGUCCUCACCCAGCUCUACCUGUGUUAGUAACCCUGUCAGUCACACAACAGUGCUACAGCGGGGAAGUAGGGAAGCUCAGAGAAGGCUGUGAACUUCUAUGGUCACACAACUAGCGGGCUGGGAUAGAAUCUCCGUGUGGAUCUAUCCCAAACAAGUGUGGAUCAGAACCUGUGCUCCUGCCCCUAGGAAGUCUCACUGUGUACCCCAUGCUGGCCUCAGCCACUUAGACGGAUGCAUCAGAGGCGUGCACCACCACAACUUGGCUCUUAUUCUUGGUUCAUAGAGCAUCUUUGUUCUGACAAAAUAAACAAAUAGAAAUCCUUUAACAUGGAGCUGGAAAGGUGGCCCAGCAGUUAAGAAACUUCCAGAGGACCAGGGUUCGAUUCCCAGCACCUACAUCAUACAGCCUACAACAGCAGGAGCUCCUGCUUCUGCCCUCUGAGGACACAUGUUGUUAUACACAAACACAAAAAUAAACCAUUGUUAACAAUA